GUAUUAAUCAAUUCCCACUGUUUAUAAAUAUGUGCAUUUAAUUUUACAAUGGCAGAAGCCUGUCGACUUGGAACCUCCACUGAAUCCCGAAAUGGGAAUAAUUUAGAUGAAAAUUAUUGUAUUUUCAACGUUCUAUGUGUUUUUAUAUCGCUAGUUACAAUACUUGCCGAUUUUACGACAGAUAUACUAGUUUUUGCUGAAUAUUGCAAGAAUGGAUACUGGUAUUGGGCCCUAACUACCAUGCUCUUUAUGGUAUCUCCUAAUCUACUGAUAAAUAUUUUUUCAUUGAGAUGGUUCGUAAGUGACGACAAAUGCACUAUACGGCAAUGGAUAACUCAUGGGUUUUUAGUGGGCCUACUGGAAAGAUACAUAAUCUUCCUCCAUGACGUUUUCUCGUGUAAGAGUCUGGAGUCAGUUAAAACACAGAAGUUGAUAAGUCAAAGGAAUGACUUGGCUUUACUGCACUUUUUAUACAUCUUCACUGGAACAGUUCCACAGAUUAUUCUGCAAAUGUAUUCAAUUGUGAUACUCAAUGACAAUUAUUAUACAAAAGUUUUCGCGUUAUCAGCAUCUGUAGCAUCUGUGAUAUGGGGUUGUGUUACGUACAUAUAUUGUGUAGCUGCGUAUAUUUCUGAUUACUUUCAUUCGAUCUCAUUUUUACUGAGACUCACCUGGCAUUUUGGCAUUCUAAUUGGAAGAAUUUCAGGGAUAUUGCUCUUCACAAUAAUAUUUGGUGUCUGGACAUUAAUACCUUUAGGUUUACAUUGGUUCGCUAUGACCUUCUGGAUAAUAUCCCUGAAAACUUCAUUCUGUCAUAACAAAUUCAAGGAAAUAUUCUACAAUGCUGUCAUGGGUUUUGUAUAUUGCUUCUGCUAUAUUAAUCUUAAAGAGGGGCACACAAGAUACUUUGUUAUGAUGUUCUACACUCUGAUUGUGACUCAGAAUUUUGGCAGCUUAUUUUUGUAUGUGCUUGUAUCGGAGCCAGAGAGGCUUCAGAAGUCGUGGUCUAUAGCUGCCACAGUUUGUGAUAUUUUUGGAACAAUCAUAGGUAUAUUGUCAACAAUACUGUACUACAGAUUUUUUCAUUCAAAGGGACCUAUUAGUUGGAGGAUGCACCCUGAUGUUGAGCUAAACAACAAAGUUGUUAGUCAAACCAGUUGUGCCUCUAUUCCAGACAAAUCUAAAGAUAAUCAUCCAAUUCGGUCCUUCAAAAGCUCCAAAAAUACUGAAGUUCAUGGGAUCACCAAUGCAUCAAGUCAACAGACUGUACAAGUCGAGAGCGAGAAUGCCGACAAGAAAUUCCUUCUAGAUCAUUGGAUUGCUCGCUCUGGCACGCCUACGUUCACAUCAGCUCCGAUAGGAAACAUCAGUACCGAUGCCUCCAGUAUUGAGCUCUACAGCGUAGAGAAUACUCCUCAAUCAAUCAUCUCUAAGAAAGACAAAUCCCACAAUCACUCGAAAACCCUCAAAAAGAAAAUUUGCUCCCCAACCGAGUUAAACUUAAAAUUAACCUCCAUAGAAAACAUAGAAAGUUCGAUCGACGAAAUUACGUCGAACAAUCUGAAUUUACAAAAACGUAGAGGCUUCUGCUCUUCGGACGAACUGAGAAACGAAUUCACCAAUUUGAACAUUGAAAACUGCAAUCUAAACAAUCAGAUCAAGGCACUGAAGUCCGACCACUGUUCCGAAGCGAGCCACGUCACCGACGGAAGCAACAAAAAGUCCUCGUCCGAUUCCAUCGACAUGGAUCUCGACUUGAGUUUCAGCGACAUCAACAGCUCCGAUAUAAACACGUUCAAUGAAAACAUCGUCCAGAAACUGUGUCUGAGCGCGCUGAAGAACAUCAAAGUUGGCAACCAGGAUGCCGACAUCGAAAACAUACAGAGAAUAGCCCUAGACAUCCUCAAAGAGAUGUACACGAAGAAAGAUAAGUUAAAAAACGGUAUUACUACACAGCUGCUUCAGAAUAAGAGGGAUCUCGAUACUCCUACAGAGGUUCUAUCGGUGCACGAUUACGAGAACAUAUGCGCAGUGAACAUCGCGCGAGAGGCGUGGGGAUUACGCUCUUGGAACGGCUACUGUGACAUCGAGAACUGGCUUCACGACGGUAGCGUCGUCAGGGAUAGAAGCAGGGACACGUUCACCUCUGGCAGCUCAGAGAUCAGCAGUUGUCUGUCCCAGGAACUGAAGAACGCUAUCCUCUCCGCUCCCUCGUUUCCCAAGAAGUCGCACACAUACUCCAAUGUGUUUGUGAGAAACGACAGGAGCCAGGAGGACUAUGCCAAUACAGUUAUCUGUCCGACUACCGAAGAUUUUGCGGCGAAACCCUACAUUAUCGAUACGAGCAAAGAUCCUAAUCAUCUGGAACCUAUACUCGAGGAGCUCGACGAUUUAGACCUCGAUCUAUCGAAUAAGAAGUCGUUCAAUUCCGAAUGCUCGUUAGUUGCGACCAUAGACGAAAUACGAAAGGCGACGGUCACGAAUUCCCCGAGAAACUUGUAUCACAGACGGGAAAAUCAGUGGGACUCCCCCCAGUUCCAUAGCAACACCAAAAGUGUUGGCAACUUGAAGAAAGCCCUUUGGAAGGACACAUGCAAAUUGGACAAUGACCACCGAAUUGAUUUAGUCCCAGAAAAGGAAUAUGGACUGUCGAGUGAUAUGCCUUACCAUCCUCAACUAGACAGUAAAGAACUGAAAGCAAUCUCUGAUGCUGCGCUACUAGAUAACGAUUUGAGUAAUUGUAAAACUACCCCCAGAAAGCACAAAACUACGAAAGUCCAAAACAAAGGAGUGAAUAGGAGCACAGAGCAGUUGCACGAUCUUUCGAAUAAGGAUAUAGACUUUUUAUGGCAACUGGUUUCUGACAACACUCUACCUGUAAGUUAUGCUUUCGAGGACACACAUUUGAGUAACAAAACUCCUUCUCUUCAAUCUCUGAUCCAAAAAGAUUCCUCCCCAACCGACGUUCUGAACACGCCAACAUCAAAAAUAACAAAUAUCAAAAAGAACAUACGGACUAAACCGAGAAGAAAGUUUUCCAUUUUAAGGGAAAGAUUUGAGCCAAAAUCGAACGUAAAUUGUGACAAAGAAACGUUGUAUUAUGAGACCGAGAAAAUACAGGAUACGAUGAACAUAAAUACGAGUAACGUGUUAAAAAAAUGCCAAGAUAAAGCUGAUGAGAUUCACAAAGAAACAUAUCAGUCAGAUGUGCCUUAUAUGUCCUCGUAUACUUCACCAAGGAACAUUAAAGAUAAGCGCUCCUUGUUUAUGAAGCAAGUGCUUAGCCCACCAAAAUUUAAUACCAAGUUAAAAUACAAAGCAUAAUUCAUAGGAUAUUGAUACAUAGUUCCUUUUGAAUGACACAUAUAUUUUGGAGUUUUAUGAAGUCAAUAAUCUUAUAUGGAUCUCAGAGAAAUAGUCGCAUGGCACAAAUGUAAGAUAGUAGUGAUAACAAAAAUUAUAUGUUAGCCUGGCCUGAGUUACGAAGAACUGGUAGUGAGGUCAUUGCACGUUUUAUUACACCAAUAUUAUUACUUGAUGAUGAAAUCUUGAAGAUUUUACCAAAAUCCAUACAUAAUACUGAUGAAGUCAAUAUAUCAGGUCAGGCUAAACUUUCAAUGCUCUUCCACAUUAUGUUUUCCAUAGUGUAUAAGUACCGCUUACAGAAGUAAGCAAGUUAGGGCGAAGCCAAAUUGCUUUGUUGCGUUGCGACUGCGGAGCGUCGCCGCAGCGAUUUCACACUAUCACCAUGUCAAAAGGCCGGGCGCGCACUAGCGGCCAAGCCGCAGUGGCCAUUAG